AUGAAUUUAAAAAUUUGCAGAUUGGUUGAAAAGCGUCAAAAAUCGGAACCGGAACCUGUUUCCGUUGUUGUCUAAGUGCAGAAAUCAAUUAGUCCGAAUUUAAUGUUAAAUUCCCGUUAUUGUAGCUCUACUGGUUAGUUUGUGGUUGAAUUCCAAACUUGGGUAUCUACAAUUUUGGUCCUGGAGAGUAAUGAUCAGGUUACCUUCCUAAUAAUCGACAAAGUUCCCGGUGUGUAUUGACCAGUUUCCUUAAUCCUUAUUAAAGUAUGUUUUGUAUCACCUUAUUAUAAAAAUAUGUAGAAGUCUCUAUUCAUACAUCACGGAUGCCUUUUGUUUACGUCGGUUGUCUAUCCAUAACGUCUUUAAUCAAUAGCAAAACACACUACUGUUUUUAUAUUGAGAAUUUUGAAAGGAGGCAACAGCGCUCACAGGUCAAAGUCAGGCCAGAGUUUCGAUUAAUGAGGAAAAUAAGAUAAAAUUAAUUGUCGAUAUCUCGCAUUCAGUUCAGAGCACCAGUUUGUGUUUCAUCGUUUAGUCCAGUUCAUUGAAGUUAUUGUUUUAGCAGUACAGUUUUUAUGUCUAGACCAAACAUAUCCAGGACAUCAAUAACGGCACGAAAAGCUCAUCGGCCUUAUGGCCAACAUAUGGUAGAAAGCAGAGGAAUCGUUCUACUGGAGAAGAAUGGCGCCAAAGUACAAAGUGACCUCUAUCGAUGCUAAAGGUUCUGUCGAGUCUAUCAGGUACCUGCUAGCCUACAUGGGAGAGGAAUUUGAGGACGUGAGGUUCCAGUGGGACGAAUGGCAAAACUCAGAUUUGAAGUCCAGAAUUCCUUUCGGACGCCUACCUAUGGUAGAGGUGGGUGGGCAGGUGCUGACACAACCGGUGUCCAUAUGUCGCUAUCUCGGCAGGCAGGCUGGACUCUGUGGUGAUAAUGCAUUUCAGGAUCUUCAAAUUGACAUUAUUGCCGACACUCUUGUAGACCUACGUUUGCCUGUAUUACAGUUUCUUUUUGAAAGGAUCGAAGGUACGAAGAAGUUAAAAAAAGAUGCUUUUAAGAAUGAAACAUUACCUUUUUAUUUUAAGAGGCUUGAUGCUAUUGUCAAGGAAAACGAAGGAUAUCUUGCAAACAAAAGACUAUCUUGGGUUGACUUGUCAUUCGUGGCUAUGACAGAGUUUCUCGAUGCCACAUGUGAAGUGGCUAAUGUUACUGACGCCUAUCCCAAUCUUUAUGCUCUGAGGAACAGAGUCUUCGAUCUGCCGCAGAUCAAGAAGUGGAGAUCGGUCCGACCCGUCUCUCAACAUUAAGAAUAAAAUGUUAACACAACCACCUGUCUUGAAAUUUUCGGAAACAUGAAACCUGAAGCAAUUAAAUCAUUCAUUGACAUAA